UUUUGCCAUCCAAAAAUAUCAAAAUUGUUAAUAAAUAUUUAACCUUUUUCUACUUCUGUUCUAUUCCCUUCAUUUAAUUUUAGACUUAUCAAAAACUAGACUUAUUUCUAGAUUUUUUUCAUCAUCAAUUAGUGCCACCAAAUUAUAUUGUCUUAAUUCUUUGAAUUGGUGGUGAUUAGAAUGAAACAGAAGAUAUGGGAGUUUUAUCAGUGGCUCAUAAGCCAACCCUGAAAAAAAUACUAAUUAAUUCUUCCUCUUAUAAUCACCAAUACCAACAUCAAGAAUUCCCACUUUUUGGUUUUUCUCAACUCAAGGUGCAGAGAAAUAAUUCAAAAUGCAGAGAUUUUUCUGGGAAACAUAGCAGUUAUGUUAGAGGCCAAUUUGUUUCCAGUGAAUUCUAUAAAUUUGAUCACUUUAUUAGCCAAAAAUUUCAAGCAGGAGCUGUGGUUUCACCAACUUGUGUGCUUCCAUUAACUGAAGAAAAUGUGGAGAAGGUAUUAGAUGAGGUGCGACCUGGCCUCAUGGCUGAUGGAGGGAAUGUGGCAUUGCACGAAAUCGAUGGUCUGGUAGUAGUGCUGAAGCUGCAAGGAGCAUGUGGGUCUUGCCCAAGUUCAGCCAUGACUUUGAGGAUGGGAAUAGAAACCCGCCUUCGUGAUAAAAUCCCUGAAAUCAUGGAUGUCGAGCAGAUCCAAGACACCGAGACUGGCCUAGAGCUCAAUGAGGAAAAUGUCGAAAAGGUUCUUGCUGAGAUUAGGCCAUACUUAGCAGGUACUGGUGGUGGAGUGCUCGAGCUUGAUAAAAUCGACGAUUAUGUUGUCAAUGUGCGGUUGAGUGGUCCUGCAGCUGGUGUCAUGACUGUACGCGUUGCCCUUACACAGAAACUCAGAGAGAAAAUUCCUUCCAUUGCUGCUGUCCAGCUGACUGAUUAAGAAACCUCAAAACACAAGUGGAAUGAAGUUUUGAUUGGCAACAUGAAGAAAUAUGUACCUUGUGACAUUCUUUGAUAGAAUUCAUUUUCGAUACAAUGCUAAGGAGUGUUAUUAUUUCUUUUCGAAGAAAAUUUGCUCCAUGAUGGAUUUUCUGAUACUACAAAUUUGUCAGAUUCUAUUGGUACACUUCUCUUGAAUAGGUAAAAAUUAGUGUACAGUUCCACAAAACUCUUGGUGGUUAUACUUUUAUGGAACAAUGUUUUGUACUUGUUGAAGUAAUACGGAUUCAAGAUUCAGCA